AUGGAUCUGUGGACAAACGGAACCUCUGCUGACUUUUACCCGGGGACACACGACCCGCUGCCGGACUCCAACUCCUCCAUCAACCGCUCCUCCGGCUCCCAGCACGUCCCCGCCCCGCUGGACCUGCGCCGGGCGGUCCCGGUGGGCAUGGUUCUGGCCUUCUUCAUCAUGUGCGCCAUCGUGGGGAACAUCCUGGUCAUCCUGGCGGUGGUCUGUAACCGACACCUGCGGAUCCCCACCAACUACUUCAUCAUUAACCUGGCCAUCGCCGACCUGCUGCUGGGGACCACCGUGCUGCCGGUGUCCGCCACGCUGGAGGUCUGACCCGGGGAUCGAUGAGGGUUUGAUUAUCGAUCAGUUAGUGGAGAUUUGUCUGUUUAAAAAGGAAAGAAAAGGUCCGAGGAGGAAAAAACUACAAAUAUUCUCAGUGUUUAUGACAGUCAGGUGAAUUCUAGGUUAAAUAAAGUCACAGUCUGUGUUUGUUCAGAGGUCAGAAAAGUCUGUAUUUAAAUAAUGUAGAGAUUAUAGUUCAGGAAAUAACCAGGAGGAACUGAGACAGGUGCCUGAAUCAUGACAAAUGUAUGUUUGACAUUUUAUACAGGCUCAUGUUUCUCAUCGUGUGUCCACUGUGGACCUUGGUAAACCCAACAGACCAGGUUCUGUAGACCUUACUGAACCCAGCAGACCAGAAUCUGUAGACUUUAGUGAACCCAGCAGACCAGGUUCUGGAGUCUGACAGUGAUGUGUGUAGUGAUGUGAAGAUCAGUUCUUUUGACUAAUUCUUUAGAAUCCGUUCAUUAAAACGAUUCAUUUAAAAGAUACUGUGUGUCCACUUCUGACCAAUCAGAUUUCGUGUUGUUGAGACGUCAGAUUCACCGGUAUAUCCAACAUGGCUGACCGGAUGAUUGUUUCCGUGUCGGAGAACAGAGUGAUUUUUGAUAAAAGACACAAACAUUACAAAGAUAACGACCUGAAGGACGACUUGUGGAGAGUCAGAGUGUCGGAUUUCUCAUCUGACGAUGGUUUGUGAGCUUUAACAGUUUGAUAAAUGAGACUCUCGAGACUCCGCCCACCUUCUCGCUCUCUGGCUGUGAGUCGUUCGCCUAAGAGUCAAAGGCGUCAGUUCCACUCCUGACCGACACGCCAGGCUGAGCUCAACUGAACUAAGAAAAGAACCAAUCAGGCCUCAGAGUGAUUCAGUUCAGGUCGUUCACUCAGCGGUUCUUUUGAACGGAUCGUUCAUGAACGACACAAACACUCAUCAGAUUAUCCAGACUCAGAUUUAAAGUCAGCAGAUUUUUCAUUAGAAACUUUUUUUUCAUUUUUUUUUCUCUCUCUUUUUUUAUAAACUGUAAAAUUUUGUCAAACCAUCAAAUUCUGUUUGUUUCUUUCCUCUGCGGCGCCUGAACUCUGUGAGGUUUUUUCAGCUGGUUAAUUUAUUCACACGUCGUCCGCUAAUGAGUGACUGAACUUAUUUCUAUAAACAUAAACAGGAAGUGGGCUCACUUACUUCCUGUCUCUGUAGAUUCUGGAUUAUUGGGUGUUCGGUCGGAUCUUCUGUGAUAUCUGGGCGGCGGUGGACGUCCUGUGCUGCACCGCCUCCAUCAUGUCUCUGUGCGCCAUCUCCAUUGACCGUUACAUCGGCGUUCGCUACCCGCUGCAGUACCCCACCAUCGUCACAGAGAAGAGGGCGCUGCUCGCCAUGCUGGGUGUCUGGAUCCUCGCCACCAUCAUCUCCAUCGGCCCGCUGCUGGGCUGGAAGCAGCCGCCAUCACAGGUACUUACUGUAUUACCCAUCAUGCACCACUGACCCUGAGCGGAUAAUCCUUGAAAUGUUUCAACUGCCCGUGAAAUCUUUAAACGGUGGCGAGGGUCAGAGAUAAACCUCGACUUUAACCCCGACUGAGGCCGCCACAGCGAAGACUCUGACAGACGUGUGAACGUGGCGAAGGAUCAGAGAUGAUAGUCAACGUAAAUAAACCUUCAUAACAGUGAAGGAGCGUUUCUGAGUGAAUGACGUUAAAGGUGUUGUAGUUCAGGAUCUGAGUUAGUUCCAGUUUUUAGGAGAACUCUUAAAUGUAAACUCGACCCCUCCAACCAGUUUUCCCCUCAGCUCCUCCUCUCCCCUCAAGCCCCGCCCACAAACAGACGCUCCUGCUCGCUCGUAUCGUUCCAGUUAAAUUCAGAUAUAAUGCAGAUAAAUACUUCAGAUCAUUACAAAUGGGGCCCAGUCAAGGUGAAAGUCAAAAGCAUUGGUGCUACUGUAGAUGCCAACAGACUACCAGCAAACACAAUGUUUGCAGGACUUCUACAACGAGGAUAAAGUGACAUAGUCCAGGACCCGAGGGAGGACAGUUUAGCGAUGGCGCUACAACACGCUACAGCAGGUCCGUUUGACAAGAAACACUUCUGUUACAGACACUUGUCUUACUUUGUUAAAGCGGUUUACCUGUCCAGCAGAAAGGUUACAGGGUCACCAAGAUCCCCAAGCGUCCCCCAUGGUUUAUGUUGACCCGGCUUUUUAGCUCUUGUCCGGUCUACCUCCGUUUUAAGCGCCCGUUAUUCCUCCAGAGUCUCCGGUAUUUACUUUGUUUUCUUGCUUGUGUCGGCAGUCGUGGCCAAAGGAGGAUUCAGACAAUUUUCCGAACUUCCUGGUUGGUUUCUACUGUCCGAUAUUGUAGCACGCUAACUUUGUUUGGGCUCCUGAACGACACGGGGGAGCAGCGUCUGCCUCACAACCAAUCAGGUUAGAGGAGGUGGAGAACGGCUUUGUUUACAGUCAGAAAGAGCGGACCGCUCAAAAAUGUUCAAAUGUUGACUACACAGACAUAAGAGAACACAGAGAUAUCGAUAUAUUACCAAAUAAUCAAUAACUAAUAACGAUUGACUGAUAUUAGAAGAUGAUUCUUUAACGGGUUCCUGUCGACCCCACCCUCACAGGAGCUUUAAGUAAACUUGACCUGACCUCAAACUGACCUUUGACCUCUCUCCCUCCUGCAGGACGACACGGUGUGCGUGAUCACGGAGGAGCCCUUCUACGCCCUCUUCUCGUCUCUCGGCUCCUUCUACAUCCCGCUCUUUGUCAUCCUCGCCAUGUACUGCCGCGUCUACGUCGUGGCCAAACGCACCACCAAGAACCUGGAGGCCGGCGUGAUGAAGGAGCGUCAGGAGAACUCUAACGAGCUCACCCUGAGGAUCCACUGCAGAAACCAGCAGGCCCAGGAACCCAGCCCCGCCUCCAAGGCCGGAGGGGGCGGAGCCUCCGCCGCUCGAAGCUCGCUCAGCCUCAAACUGCAGAAGUUCGCUCGAGAGAAGAAAGCGGCGAAGACGCUGGGCGUGGUGGUCGGCAUGUUCAUCCUCUGCUGGCUGCCGUUCUUCCUCGCCCUGCCCAUCGGUACGUCUGAAAACAGCUGUGAACCAAUCAGCUGAUCAAACACAUGACCUGAUCAAUACUGUUCAAUACCAGCCUGAUCAGUUCUCACCAAUACACAGUCAGUGGGUGGAUGGAGAGCAGAGACGGUCAGAACCAAAAGUCCAGAAUCAGAGAGUCUGUCGCUCAAAAAUGUCACAUGAUCAAAACGACGAAUCAGAGCGCUGAAGACAAAUCACGAUUAAUCAAUAACCUAAUAAUAAUAAUAAUCAUAAUAACUUUAUUUAUACAGCAUCUUUAAAGACAAAUGAUAAAGUGAUUUAACAGAAAAAACAGAAACCGAAAAAAUGAGAAGGUGAAUCGGCAAAAUCCGAAAGUUCAGGUGUUAGAAACAAGAACGGAACCAGGAGGGGGUCAGAGGAUCCAGAGUCUGAUCCUGGAUCAGUCUGAAACCCUGAUCCAUAAAUUUAUGAUCGGACGUGUUUUUGUUUUCAGAAACGUAAAAAAUCUGAUACUCAAAGUCGUCAUCUUUAUCAUCAUCUUCAUCAUCAUCAUCGUCUUCAUCGUCUUCAUCGUCAUCAGAGCGACUCUGAACUCUGCAGACGUCAAAUAAACUCUGAUUGAUGCUCAGAAAUCAAAUCACUCCUUUUCUCCAUUUUUCAAAUAUUUGGCCUGAACCGACCCGUUUCCCCCGUCAGCGUCCAAUCAGCAGCUGGAGUUUCUGUCAGCGUCCAAUCAGCAGCCGGAGUUUCAGAGUUUUGUUUUGACGGAGAGAAAAGGAAGUCUGACACUCUUGAUGUUUCUUUAUUUUUAAGGCUCCAUUUCCCACCGCAGAAACGACGCCAGACGCCGUUCGCCUCCGGCUCAUAUCCCAGAAUACAGCGGGUGUGUGUGUGUGUGUGUGUGUGUGUGUGUGUGUGUGUGGGGGGGGGGGGGGGGGGGGGUCUGUCAGAGCCAAUAAAGACCAGAAAACACCAGAAGACUGAUCUGAGGACCCCUGUCUCAGUCCUGUUCAGGGACCUGGACUCUUCAAAGACCACCUCCUAGAGUCGGACCCCCUGACCCCCGAUCUCCACCUUCAUCCUGAUCGUCUCCUAAAAGGUCGUAUCCUCCGAUCGUAGCUGAUCGUAACCAUUCAAGUUAACGUGUCAAUUUACACCGACUUCUUUCCGUUCCUCUGCGGAUCGCCGGACUCCUCAGCUGAUCACAAGAGUUCUAGUUUUUCUGGACGCCGGAGCAUGGCGGAUAAAUUCAGCACAGAUGAACCCGUGCUGGAAAGGAAGUCGGGCACAGACACAAAAUAAAACAUCCGGCUUCUUUUCAAAAUAAAACACUCCGUGUUUCAGGAGGAUCGUAUUUCACACCAUGCAAACGGGCGGAGACGAACAAGUGAAAGGUUUUUAGACGUCAUUUCACCCCGAUGACACCAUGGAUGAGGAGAUGCUGAUUCUAGAAGUCUAGAAGUAGAUUUCCUCCUCUGGAAGGACACAAUCUACUGCUUAUAUGUCUAUGUGUCUGUCUUUAGAGAGACGACUCGUUAUCGGGAGAUUGAACAUGAAUCUGCAGGUUCUUGUGAGUUCUCGAGAUUACUGCUGUCUGUAAUCCACCAAGAAAUUCGCCUCACUGUAAUUUCCGGUAGGAAGUGGCGGACGGUGAAAAUCGCCGCCGUUCUGGAUACGGUGGAAAUGAAGGAUCAGAUCCUCCUCAGACCUGAAACUGAUCCAAGAGACAUGAAGACUGGAAGAAAAUGAGAAGACCAGCUGUGAUACAAAACGACACACACUUUGAUUAUUGAUCACAGUAUUGAUCAGUAUAUUGAUCAGUCUGAUGAGUCAGUGAUGUCCUCAGAGGUUCUUGUCUCUUUAAUCUCAGAUCUGCUCUGACUUUAGUCUUUGAACACUGUACAGUCUAAAUGAAGAAUUACCCACAAUCCCUCAGGCUUUAGGCGACCUCUGGAGCGCCGCAGCUUUCAUAAGAGAGACUAAUCCGGGGUCUACAGACUGAAGCUCAGACAAACACACCUGUGAUCAGAGGAUUUACCUGCUGAUUCAGAUCAGGAACACGUGCUGCUCAGACCGCCAGCCGGCUCAAAGGGGCUCAAAGAGGAUGCCGGCGUGGAGGGGGCGGGGCUUGAAGACAGUGCUGGUGUGGAGGGGUGGGUCGUAAAGACAACGUCAGAGUAGAGGGGGCAGGGCUCAAAGACGGCGCUGGCGUGGAAGGGUCCAACAGGUCUACCUGGUCAAUUUCAGGUCACCCUCCAUCAGUGAGGAUGAAGAUCUGAUGAAGAUCUGAGUCAGCAGAGAAGACGCUCAGGUUCUUCCUCAUGUAUCUUCUGAAUCAAGGUUGAACUUUGAUGGACAGAUGGACCAUGAACUGACCAAUACUGGCUUUUGAUUGGCUCAGAGCCGAGCGGUCGGAGUUUCUUUUCUUUUGCUGACUCAGCUGAAAACGUGGUUCCCAUCAUCACACCUGGAUCUGUUGGCUCGCUGGUGUUAGCGUGAAGCUCCUUCAAGGGUUCGAACCCGAGAUCGUCUCCACCUCUGGUCUUCAGCUGAGCUCUGCGGCGUUUACAAACACCACAGAAGAAGAAGAAGAAGAAGAGUGGAGGAGACGUUUAGAUGAAACCAAAAUAGACGUUGAACUUCCGGAGAGAUCGCCAAACUAGGACAUGCUCUUCUUCUGUAGCACUUAAACAGACAGCAAUGCAUCAUGGGCCGCUGUCACAUGAUUCUCUCAUGGCCAAGAUCAGAGUCUGCAUAUAUAGUCAGAGACGGAGCCUGAGGGGCAGGAUGGCCUUACAAGUCCAAACUCAGGGCUCAAUAAUCCACCUGAAACGGUCAGUCUGAGAACAUCAAAAACCUGAUCCACCAAAUCCUCCAAAUCCUCCAAAAAUCCUCCGACUCAGCGCAGAUCACCUGAUCCAGUACAGGUCAGCACCUGAGGGGGGGGCUGAUGGUUCUGGAUAAAACCUCCUCGUUUCAUCAAAACCGCAGAAACUGAAGCGGAGAACUUUAAAAAGUUUAGAGAAAAUCCAGAAAAGACGAAAAAAAAUGAAGUCUUUGAAUCUUUGACGAGUUUGACCUUCUGGAAAUCCUGGACUCUGCAGACUAGAGGGUCCAUCCACCAGGAUCAACCCCACCGUAACCCCGAGUUAGACCCCGCCUCCUGAGAUGAAUGUUGUCGACCGCUUCCUUCUCUAGUUAUACCAACUUUAGUAACGACCGCAGGAUAGAAAUACAGAGAGACACGCCCCCAACCAAAACGCCACUCUAUAGCCACAAAUAAUGCUCAGAACAGCACCUAACUUCAUCAACAGGACAUAUAGACCUCAGGCCAGUCCAUUACAGACUACAGCGGGGUGCCGCAGCUCAAGGAAGAACAUUUAUGAUCAUUUCUUCAUGGAAAUACAAUCAGACCGAGACGCUAAGACAGAAGAACUACAGCGUCUGUAAAAUGAUCAAUAUGGUGAUUAUUACUUCAAGGAAAUGAUGAAGAAAUGAUCAUAAAUGUUCUUCCUUGAGCUGCGGCACCCCGCUGGAGUCUGUAAUGGACUGGCCUGAGAAGCAGGCGGUCGGGUGUCUAACUCGGUGUUACGGAGGGUUUGACCCUGAAUUAAUUUAACGACAGAAUAUCCCUUUAAUACUGAACUAGGUCUCCAGGUUUAGGACCAACAUCUGCUUCCAUCCAGACCAGGACAUUUUCAGGGAAGACCCUCAUAUGAUCCAGAACCAGAUUCUGACACCAGCAUGGUUCUGUAGGAGAGGAGUCCUGCUGAGGACCCGGACUGAUGUGGUCCGGACUCGUCCCCCUUUGAAAGUAUUUAGAAUAAAAAGUUUUUUAAAGGAAACAUGAAGUAAAAUCUGAACCUCAGGUCGAAUCUAAGAGAACAGGAAGAUGAGCUGCAGCUUCACUCUGUGGAGAACCUGCAGUCAGCUCUGGUUCAUGCUGCCCCCUGGUGGUGAACAAGCUGACCUGCAUCUCCUCAUUAAAAGAUAUGAUAAAUCUGUCAACAACAAACAACAACGACAACGAUCAGUGUCAUCUCAUUAACACUGAACCUGUCUAACUGUGUGUGUGUGUGUGUGUGUGUGUGUGUGUGUGUGUGUGUGUGUGUGUGUGUGUGUGUGUGUGUGUGUGUGUGCAGUGUCGUUCAACAGUGACCUUCGACCUCCUGAGACUCUCUUCAAAGUCAUUUUCUGGUUAGGAUACUUCAACAGCUGCCUGAACCCCGUCAUCUACCCCUGCUACAGCCGCGAGUUCAAACAGGUACCAAUACUAGUACGACUGAUACUACUACUACUACUACUACUACUGAUACUAAUACUACUACUGAUACUAAUACUACUACUACUACUACUACUACUACUACUGAUACUAAUACUACUACUACCAAUACUACUACUACUGAUACUGAUACUACUACUACUACUACUACGACUGAUACUAAUAUUAAUACUAAUACUAACAAUACUACUAAUAAAACUGCUGAUACUACUACUGAUUAUAAUACUACUACUACCAAUACUACUACUACUGAUACUGAUACUAAUACUACUACUACUACGACUGAUACUACUACUACUACUACUACUACUGAUACUGAUACUACUACUACCAAUACUACUACUAAUACGACUGAUACUACUACUACUACUACUACUACUACUACUACUACUACUGAUUAUAAUACUACUACUACUGAUACUAAUACUACUACUACUACGACUGAUACUAAUACUACUACUACUACGACUGAUACUAAUACUACUACUACUACUAACAAUACUACUAAUAAUACUACUGAUACUACUACUACUACUAACAAUACUACUAAUAAUACUACUGAUACUACUACUACUACUACUACGACUGAUACUAAUACUAAUACUAACAAUACUACUAAUAAAACUGCUGAUACUACUACUGAUUAUAAUACUACUACUACUACUAAUACUAAUACUACAACUACUACGAAGACUACUGAUACUAAUACUACUACUGAUUAUAAUACUACUACUACUACUACUUAUACUAGUAAUACUUAUACUACUACUUAUACUACUAAUAAUAAUACUUCUACUACUACUACUACUAGCAGAUCUUAUACUAUUACUACUUGUACUAAAUCUUGUACUAUUACUGCUGUUAGUACUAGUACUAACUGUAGUACUGUUACUGUUGUUAGUACUAGAACUAACUCAAGUACAGUUACUGAUGUUAGUACUAGUACUAAUCGUAGUACUGUCACUGUUGUUAGUACUAGUACUAAUCGUAGUACUGUUACUGUUGUUAGUACUAGUACUAAUCGCAGUACUGUUACUGUUGUUCGUACUAGUACUAAUCGUAGUACUGUUACUGUUGUUAGUACUAGUACUAAUCGCAGUACUGUUACUGUUGUUCGUACUAGUACUAAUCGUAGAACUGUUACUGUUGUUAGUACUAGUACUAAUCGUAGUACUGUUACUCCUGUUCCUCCCUGUUCCGGUUCCAGGCCUUCCUCCGGAUCCUGCGCUGUCAGUGGAAGCGGAAACGUCCGGGUUUUCGCGCUCACUAUAAUUCCCGUUCCCGUCAGAACUCCAAUAACUCGUCGUUCCAGAACGGUUCUCAGCAGACGCUCUCCUCCGUCACCGCCAGCCCGCGCUGCGUUGCCUCUAGGCUCCGCCCCCCGUGUCGUUCCUCGUCGGCCGACCAAGACCUCCUCCCUGGCUCCACAGGAAAAGGCGGUCUGAGCCCGGUAUCACCGCUCGCUAAGAGUCCUGGAUCAGCACCAGGUCCUGGGGCGGGGCGGGGGUGAAAACCUGGAGAAAUACCACCUGUGACCACGCCCACUCUGACAGGAAGUGAUGUAAAAACAUGGAGGACAUGCAGGAGCUGCUGUUCACUUCAUGAGAUGGACUAUUUGUUUGAAAAAGAUCACAUGACAGGAAGUGACAUCAUGCUGUGAAAUGUAUUUGUAUGUGUAGUUGAAGGUUUUCACAUUAAUGCAGUUUAAUCACAGCAGCACCUAGUGGA